CCAAGUCGGCAACACUGCAAAAGAGCCAGUCAUCGAACAGAUUGAAAAACUUACAAGAAUUGCGUAUUAGUUGCAAAUUACAAGAAAAAAGUUGUUCCAACCAAAGACUUGCCACAACCAACUGACUGCAAACAUGUCCUACGCUUACUUGUUCAAAUACAUCAUCAUCGGAGACACUGGCGUGGGCAAGUCAUGUCUGCUGCUGCAGUUCACGGACAAGCGCUUCCAGCCAGUGCACGAUCUGACCAUUGGCGUGGAGUUUGGAGCCCGCAUGAUUACAAUAGACGGCAAACAGAUUAAGCUACAGAUUUGGGACACGGCAGGCCAGGAGGCUUUCAGGUCCAUCACACGAUCCUACUACCGCGGGGCUGCUGGCGCACUGCUGGUCUACGACAUCACGCGGCGGGAGACCUUUAACCACCUGACCACCUGGCUGGAGGACGCGCGCCAGCAUUCCAACUCGAAUAUGGUUAUCAUGUUGAUCGGCAACAAGAGCGACCUGGACUCGAGGCGUGAAGUAAAGAAAGAGGAGGGCGAGGCCUUCGCCCGUGAGCACGGACUGGUCUUCAUGGAAACCUCUGCGCGUACGGCGGCAAACGUGGAGGAGGCGUUUAUUAACACGGCUAAGGAGAUUUACGAGAAGAUUCAGGAGGGUGUCUUCGACAUUAACAAUGAGGCAAACGGUAUCAAGAUCGGCCAGCAGCACUCGCCCACAAACCCGUCGCUGCCAGGAGCUGGAGGAGCAGCCGGCGCAGCAAACAGCGGAUGCUGCUAGGAGUAAACGGCAGGUGCCCGGCCGCAGCCCUGGGUUUAACGUAGCCGCUUCUGUAAAAGCUACUUUAGUGACUAACUAGUAGACGGUAGUGGGAGAGACGGAUUUCUUGAUUUCUAUUUCAACAGUAACUAACCACGUAAACAUAGCAACCACUAAACUAGCAAACGAACACUAAGCGUAAUGUUAAACUCAUUAAGAUCAGACAACUACAGCAUCUCCAACACAACAAAUUGUUCAGCUACGUUUUUAUUAACUAAAAGAACCCGAGAGGAUUGAGAACAGAAAUAAACCAAAACCUUAACUUGUAUAUGUGAAUGUGUCGUGCGUGAUUUUUAAAUUUUGUAAACUCCACCAGGACAUGUAAGCGUUUUAUGUAUGUAUUUUGUGUAUAUUGCGAUUAGGUUGCUAGUUACUUUGUUCAAAGACCGAUAGUUUUACACUAGGAUCUUGACGGAAUAAUGUUUAAUACAAAAACCAAACUUAA